AUGUCUGGGUGUGAGGAGGGCCUUCUCACGUCUGCCUAUUCUCCUGCCAGAUAUGAGAACAUCCAUAAAGUGCCCUUGUUCGGGGUCUGUGGUCAGACCAACAUCUCCUGCAGGGUGGUGAAGGGGAAGGUGGUGGAGGAAGGCAAGUGGCCAUGGCAGGUGAGCAUCCUGUUUCUGGGCGUGUAUAUCUGCAGUGGCUCCAUCUUCCACGAGCAGUGGGUCCUCACGGCUGCACACUGCUUACAAAGAUCCAGGAACGCAAGCCAGUACUCCGUCAGGGUGGGACACCGAAGCUCCCCUGAAACUGACAUUCAGCUCCCGAUCAAUCACAUCGUGAUCCACAAGAGCUUCAACAAUCUCGCGUCCCAGGACAUUGCCCUCCUGAAGCUCCAGAAUACCAUCUCCUGGUCCCCCAACAUCCAGCCCAUCUGCCUUCCCGAUGCCCAAUACAAGCCACUUCUUGGCUCCAUAUGCUGGGUGAUCGGGUGGGGACAGGUAGGGAAACAAGUGACAUCGACAUCUGCCCCCUACAGUCUUCAGGAGAUAGCUAUCAAGAUCAUUCACAAUGACAUCUGCAAUCAGAGAUAUCGAUUCCUCCUCAAGAGGGGCGAGAAGUUCUUCAUUGGGAAUGACAUGCUGUGUGGCAUAUCACAACGGGCCGUGACCUCUUGUCAGGGUAACUCUGGCAACCCCCUCAUCUGCCAAGUGAACAAGACAUGGAUCCAGGUGGGGUUGGUGAGUUGGGGCUUCAGCUGUGGCCGGUCCCGGUUGCCGAGCAUCUACACCAGCACCUCCCACUUCACCCAAUGGAUCAAGAAUCAGGUCUCCGACGUGAAGUUCUUCAGUCGGGCCAGCCCUGCCUUCUGGAGCCCGGUCUUCCUCACUGGUUACAUUCUGCUGGUCUCUUUGGGUUCCCUGUGGCUCCUGUGA